AUGAUCGCGGGCCUGGCCUGGCCGCACGCGGGCUGGAGCCGAGGAGCGGACCCGCCCCCGUGUCCCCGCGCCGAAGCAGUCAUCCCGCUUGACGACGCCGCCUCGUCGUGUCGUCCCAGGCUGGAGACGCGAAGGCAGAGCGUGCGCAGCACCGCGGCCGUUCCUGGGGAGCAGGGACCACGGACGGCUAGCGGCUCCAGUGGUUCGGGGCGCGCGGAAGGUCCCGGAGGAGGACUGGAGAUGUCCUGUCUGUGCCGCCUCCUGCUCACAUACCUGUUCCCGGCCCUGCUACUUCACGGGCUGGGAGAGGGUUCAGCUCUCCUUCAUCCGGAUAGCAGAUCACAUCCUAGGUCCGUAGAGAAAAGUGCCUGGAGGGCAUUCAAGGAAUCACAGUGCCAUCACAUGCUCAAACAUCUCCACAAUGGUGCAAGGAUCACUGUCCAGAUGCCACCAGCGAUCGAGGGCCACUGGGUGUCCACUGGCUGUGAAGUGAGGUCAGGCCCAGAGUUCAUCACAAGGUCUUACAGAUUCUACCACAAUAACACCUUCAAGGCCUACCAGUUCUAUUAUAGUGGCAACCGCUGUACAAGCCCCACCUACACCCUCAUCAUCAGGGGCAAGAUCCGCCUGCGCCAGGCCUCCUGGAUCAUCCGUGGGGGCACGGAAGCCGACUACCAGCUGCACAGUGUGCAGGUCAUCUGCCACACGGAGGCAGUUGCUGAGAGACUCAGCCAGCUGGUGAACCACACAUGCCCUGGCUUCGUCCCUGCUGGAGGUGCCUGGGUGCAGGACGUGCCCUAUGACCUAUUGCAGGAGGAGGAUGGCUGUGAGUGCACCAGAGCUGUGAAUUUCGCCAUGCACGAGCUGCAGCUCCUCCGGGUGGAGAAGCAGUACCUGCAGCACCACCUGGACCGCCUGGUCGAGGAGCUCUUCCUUGGCGACAUCCACACUGAUGCCUCCCAGAGGACAUUCUACCGGCCGUCCAGUUACCAGCCCCCCCUGCAGAAUGCGAAGAACCAUGACCAUGCCUGCAUAGCCUGUCGAAUCAUCCACCGGUCAGAUGAGCAUCACCCUCCCCUCCUGCCCCCCAAGGCUGACCUGACCGUGGGCCUGCAUGGCGAAUGGGUGAGCCAGCGCUGUGAGGUGCGACCUGAAGUCCUCUUCCUCACACGCCACUUCAUCUUCCAUGACAACAAUAACACCUGGGAAGGGCAUUACUACCAUUACUCCGACCCUGUCUGCAAGCACCCCACCUUCACCAUCUAUGCCAAAGGCCGUUACAGCCGGGGCGUGCACUCCUCCAGAGUCAUGGGAGGAACUGAGUUUGUGUUCAAAGUGAAUCACAUGAAGGUCACCCCCAUGGAUGCAGCUACUGCCUCGCUCCUCAACGUCUUCAAUGGGAAUGAAUGUGGGGCCGAGGGCUCCUGGCAGGUGGGCAUCCAGCAAGAUGUGACCCACACCAAUGGCUGUGUGGCACUGGGAAUCAAACUACCUCACACGGAAUACGAGAUCUUCAAAAUGGAACAGGAUGCCCGUGGCCGCUAUCUGUUGUUCAAUGGCCAGAGGCCCAGUGACGGGUCCAGCCCAGACAGGCCCGAGAAGAGAGCCACGUCCUACCAGAUGCCCUUAGUCCAGUGUGCUUCCUCUGUACCCCGGCCCGAGGACUUCCCUGAGGACCACAGGGCCCAACAGUAUGGGAGCUGGGCGCCUAGGAGGAGCGCUUGUCCCUGGUUCUUCGCUGCGCUAGCCUGCCUUUUGACUCUGCUGCACUGGAAUGUCCUCAGAUAGAAAUUGUUUAAAAGUUAUAUUUUUCCAAACCAGGUUUCCUUACAAUUUAAGUUUCUCCCUUAUGAAAAGAGAGGACACUUCUUCCGAUGCACUUGAGUGCCCGAGAACUGUCAUGCCUUUUCUCCUCCACCCCGCCCCCUCCUUCCCAGCCUGAGUCAUAAGCAGCACUGUUUGAAGUUUCUGCUUUGAACUCCAUCCAGUCGGAUCCCUGGCCUGGGUGCCUUCACAAUAGUAAUUGCACUUUAAGACCGCAGAGUGUUUGGGGCUAAUGUGUUUGGUAAAGGGAGCAGGGUGAAAGCUAGGUCCUCUUCUUUUCUUCCUCUUAAUUAUUGUUUCUGUGUUGGACUUAGAAGAAAUGACUAUCAAGCUACAUUUUUUUUAUUGUGGUUGCUUCCUGUCCUCCUUUGAAACUGCCUCCUCUCUGAGUUUUACAACCUGGAAUCCAGUGCAGAGUUGGUUUGGGACUGCAGUCAAGACACCUUUUAUUAAUAAAGAAGAGACUUGGGUGUAGAUAUGUACAUAGAAAAAGACACACAAUUUAGCUUAAGCAC